AUGUGCAGGAGCUGGCCACCAAAGUGCUCCCGCACCCUUUUGCAAGCACUGGACGAGAUCCACAUCUCGUGGCAGGGCGCGGAGAAGCCGGCACCGAGCGACCUGUCGAGUCUCUUGUCGGUGAGGCGGCGGGUGGUCGAGAGGGCCCUUGUCUGGCUGAAGCGGAACAACCCCCACUACGCCGAGAUCGAGAUCGACGCGGCGGAGAUGGAGAGCUGGGGAGACUCGAUACACGGGGUACCGUCGUCGGUGUGCGAUCGUAUGGAGCGGAACGAGCCGUCUGGGUGGGAGAAAGCGCGGACGGCGCACGUUGUGCCGCCCACGGAACGCGCCGUGGACGAGGAGGGGCCGGUGGAGAUCGAGGAGCUCUUCGCCCUGCUCAACCAAGGACAAGAAGCCGGCGGCCAGGGUGAAGGUCACGGGCCCAACGGAGAAGGCGCGGUUCGCGAUGGAAGUGACGCCUGCCCCGACCAGAACGUUCCAGCGAUCAACGAGGUGACGUCUUCUGGCAUGUUCGCGCUCGACGGACCGCCAGACGUCGCGGACGUGGAGAAGCUGCAGUUUGCCUGUGACGCUGUUGGUGAAGGUGCCGACGACGGCCGUGCGGGCCCGAGAGCGUGGGUCGGGUCCCUAGCCGGGGGGGUUCGGGGGCGUGGCGACGGUGGUUGUGAGCCAUACAUCCGGGUUUCGCGGGGGGGUGAGUUUACCGAUUCCUUUGAGGCGUCCUUCUUUGCCAGGACGUUCCCGACCCUGUUCCCAUUUGGCGUUGGGGACCAAGGCUGGUUGAAGAGACCAUGGUCGACGCGGGAAGGUCACGGCCAACUUGCGAGGCAGGGCUGUCGAGGCAGAGGCGGCCGCGGAGACCCCGUAUCGUCUCGAAGCUUGAACCUUCAGGCGUGGGCCGAGAUCGUGCUCCGGCGCCAUGGUGGUCGAUUUGCACUGCACCACAUCUUCGCAUUUCUCGUCUUCAACAUGGGCCCAUGUCGAGAGGUCCGUCUCAAUAUGCGGCGGAAAAUCCAGUCGCUCAUCGUCGGAUAUGGCGUGCCGGCCAUCUGGUUCACCAUCAACCCGAACGACAUUACGAACCCGGUGAAGCUGCGACUGGCGGCAUACCGCACACGCGAUCCCGACGCGGCCGAGGAGUUCUUAGAAGGCCUUGGGGAUGCGUAUAAGCGGGCACGGCUGGCGAUAUCGGAUCCCAUGAGCUCGGCCGUGUUCUUCCACCGCGAGAUGAAGCUGUUCUUCGAUCAUUACGUGAAGGUCGGUGAAGAGUCGGUAUUCGGGCGCAUCGGCAAGUACUAUGGCGCCGUGGAGACGAACGAACGAGGGGCGCUUCAUGUUCACGGCUUGCUCUGGCUGCACGGGAACGCGCAUCUCAGCUCGAUGCUUGCCGACAUCCACGGGGAGGAUCAGGCGGCGUAUCGCGAGCGAAUCGUCCGAUACAUCGAUAGCGUCUUCUCAGAGGAUCUGGACCAGGAAAGUUUUUGCGCCGUGCAAGCGGAGCGAUCUGUGACGGGCGGUAUUGGUUCCCUGCUGGACAACGCCGCGCAGUUCUCGGCCGCGUUUAUCGAGGAGGCCAACUUCUGUGCCGGCGCGACGCAGGAGGGCGGAAAGGGACCUCUGCCGGUUCAAGGCGCCAUGGAGAUCCGGAGGACACACAGCAUGGUCAAUCGAUGGAACGAGGCUAUUGCUGUCGGGCUCCGGCACAACCAUGAUAUUUCCUUCAUUGCGACGCAGCGCAAGACAAUGGCCCUCAUCUAUUAUGUCACGAACUACGCGACCAAGGUGGAGGACCCGGUGUGGAAGCGUGUGGCGGCCGCGGCCGAGCUCCUGGCCGCCUCAACAGGGAACAGGACGCGACAGUUCCUGAUGAGAGUGGCGAACCGCGUGUUCACGGAGCGUCCGCUAUCACAGGUCGAGGUCGUCGCUCACCUUCUCGGAUAUCCGGCCGAGUUCACCGACAGCAGCGCGUGGGCGUACCUGAACUGUUCUCUGCUGUACUGGGAAGUCUUUCGGCGAUGGCGGCAUCUCCGAGAAGCCAGUGGCGCUGCGGCUACGGAUGACACCUUGGAUGAGUCGGUGCUCAGGCGGCCGGGCAAGCACGCUACCGUCUGCCUCGACGGCUACCUGAGCAAGGACUUCACCUACGAUGACGAGUCGUGCUACCGGAGGGCAGCCGUGCAGCAUCUUGCGCUGUUCGUGCCGUGGGAGUCCUUCCUGGGCGAAGGAACAGGUGAGAUCAACAGCAUCUGGGCGCGGGCUCGAGACGCUAUGGUCCCGAGAAUAUCAUGUCUGGUCGACAACGUGCAGCUGCUUCGACGAUCCGCCGAAGACGCAAAACGCGACGCCAAGCAAUGGGCAGCCUCGUCCGGCGAUGGCGACCCGACGGUCGCACACGUCGAGGAGGGUGGAGCAGGCGAGGCGGGCGCGGAGUCUGCAGCGACAUAUCAGCCCAACAGCAUCGGAGACGCAACGCGGCUCAUCGACGUCGUCCGAGGUGCAGUGGAGCGAAUCAGGUGA